GGGAUGACCGGAACAUCAAGAUGGCGAAGAACGACGACUUUCGGGAGUCCAUCUUGUGAACCAGACUUUUUCUGUUAAGCGGUGAAAUAUCUGCGAGGCAAAACUCGAGAACUAACAUGAAUCUCCAGCAGCCAGGCCCCGCCAUCCCCCCCAUCCACCCUGAUGUACAGAUAAAGCCACUGCCUUUCUAUGAUAUGCUGGAUGUCCUGAUCAAGCCUUCCAGCUUAGGAGUAAGCACUGCACAGAGGUACCACCAAGAAAAAUAUUUUAUCUUUGCUCUGACACCACAGCAAGUUCGAGAAGUAUGCAUAUCCAGGGACUUUUUACCAGGUGGCAGAAGAGAUUAUAUGGUCCAAAUUCAGCUGAGGUUUUGCCUGUCAGAAACGAGUUGUCCUCAAGAGGAUAAUUACCCCAACAGUCUGUGUAUAAAGGUUAACGGAAAGCUUUUUCCUCUGCCAGGUUAUGCACCUCCUCCAAAAAAUGGUGUGGAACAGAAGAGACCAGGUAGACCUCUGAACAUCACAUCCCUUGUCCGACUUUCGUCUGCUGUACCCAAUCAGAUUUCAGUCACGUGGGCUCCUGAAAUUGGAAAGACCUAUUCCAUGUCUGUGUACCUGGUGAGACAGCUGACAUCACCGCUGCUGCUGCAGAGGCUGAGAAUGAAGGGCAUUAGAAACCCAGAUCACUCCAGAGCGCUAAUUAAAGAGAAGCUCACGGCGGAUCCAGACAGUGAGAUUGCUACAACCAGCCUCCGGGUCUCACUGAUGUGUCCAUUGGGGAAGAUGAGGCUGACGGUGCCAUGCAGAGCAGUGACCUGCUCUCACCUGCAGUGUUUUGACGCUACGCUCUACCUUCAGAUGAAUGAGAAGAAACCCACCUGGAUCUGUCCUGUGUGUGACAAGAAGGCCACUUACGAGAGCCUCAUCAUUGACGGUUUAUUCCUGGAAAUCCUGAGUGACUGCUCAGAUGUGGACGAGAUCAAGUUUCAGGAAAAUGGAACGUGGUGUCCCAUGAGACUAAAGAAAGAGUCAGUCAAGGUCCGCUCCCAGUCACUUCCAGAAAUUGAGGCUCCGGUGCGACAAACGUCCAUGGCCUCUCCUACUGAGCCCACCUCCACCAAGAAGGCCGAUGUGAUCGAUCUCACGCUGGAAAGCUCCUCCUCUUCCUCUGAUGAAGAGGACACAGCUCCUCUGCUGAAGAAACACUGCAUAUACCUUUCCAAGAAUGAGCAAGUGCAUACAAAGGGAGUGUUAGCGUUCCAGCCCACUGUGCACAUGCCUAAUGUCCAGCCUCUGGACCCGACCUAUCUGACCUCUCCUCUGACUGACUAUGCAGUUCCCUUUCAUCAGUCCCCACAGGCCAGCAUCCCAGCAGAGAUGCAGGGUCUGGAUUUGUUUUCCUUAAUACAAGCAGAUCAGCAUUACCACCCUCAAAUGUUUCUUGACAACUUGGCCAGCAGCAAGCAGAGCACAGCUGUUGCCAGCACAAGUGCCGCCCUGGUGUCCUCGAGCAGUCAUUACGAAUCCAGUGUCCAUGCUGCCGGCUCCCUCCAUGAAACCCGGGUCAUCACAGGAGGAGGCGGAGCCAGAGGCAGGAAUGACAACAUAAUUUCAGACAUUAUUUCACUUGACUGAGCCGCAGCUCACUUCAUAGACUGUAGAUCAUAAAUCGACGUAGCGUUCCUGUCUCUCGGCAAACCUCCAUGUGAAUCAUUUAAGCUGAAGUUGUCCUAUUAGAUAUCUGAAGAGUGACAGAAUCUUUUUCUUAAAGACUUUUGUUCUCAUAUUGUCUCCUACUGCCACUUGGUCUUCACUUUGUUUUGAUUGACAGGAAGGCUACUUCCAUAUAUUAUAUACAGUCUGUUGUCCCAGUGGACCUUCUUGGGCCUGUUUUGUGGCCUUUUUAAUAUUCUGGGCUACACAUGUAAGGGUUGGUUGUGUCACAUGCCGAGUUUCACACAGAACCUUCCAAAUUAGUAUAAAUAUAUAAAAUUAGUGUUUUUGCUGAUUUGAUGGAGGCAAGGGGUGUGCUGACAG